GGGCUAUGCGUGGUGGGAAGGGGCGGGAUUCUGCCGCCGCGGCUGCCGCUGGAGCCGGUGUCCGGGCUGGUGAUGGGGUUAAUUUCCUUUCGUAAGACUCUUACUUGUACCCACCCAGACCCGCCGUCGCCCUGCCGCGCCGCGCUCCAACCGCCUCCUCCUCAGUAACGCGGGCCGCUGAAAAAUAUGAUAUAUUUGGUCAAAGGCAGUUCAUUUCAGUCCAGGAAUCUACAGUGGUGACAAGGACAUGGGACUCCUCCUGCCAGAUUACAGAUGGUUCAAUACAAUUGACAUCCUGGCUGACAGCUGUGGGAAGGAACCUUGGGUUAUUUUAUUUUAUUUUUGUGGAACACCACAAUCCCAAAUCAAUAGGACACAUCAGGCUUCAAGUUCCCUGUAGAAUUCUGAAGUAACCUUUGCUAAUGAGGAUGUCUGAUACUAUUGCUAUAAAAGAUGAAACUGAAACAAUGAAGGAUUUGGAGACAGGAAUGAAAGAUACAACCACAGUUGAAAAUCUUAUCAAAUCAGAAAACUAUGGAAAGAUUUUGGCAGAAAAGAAUGAACGCUAUAUUGACAACAAUAUUGAUUUGCAGCGGCCACUGCAGUCAUUUGGACAGACAGGAAAAAGGUCUAAGUCAAGCUCAAAGUUAAAGCUAGUUCGGAGCCUUGCAGUGUGUGAAGAAUCUCCACCACCCCCUGCAGCAGAGAUAUCACAGGAGAAACAGGAAAGAAUUCAGAUCCAGUUAACACAAUCAUUUGAAAAAGACGAGAAGCCCUCAAAAGAUGAAGCAGAAAAAGAAAGAGCCAGUGAUAAGUUGCCCAGAAAAAUGUUAUCAAGAGAUUCCAGUCAAGAAUACACUGAUUCAACUGGCAUAGAUCUACAUGAAUUUUUAGUAAAUACAUUAAAAAACAAUCCCAGGGACAGAAUGAUGCUGCUGAAAUUGGAGCAAGAAAUUUUAGAUUUCAUUGGUAAUAAUGAGUCUCCACGUAAAAAAUUCCCCCCAAUGACAUCUUACCAUAGGAUGCUAUUGCACAGAGUAGCUGCUUACUUUGGAUUAGACCACAACGUUGAUCAGAGUGGAAAGUCUGUCAUAGUAAACAAAACUAGCAAUACAAGAAUACCUGAUCAGAAAUUUAAUGAACAUAUUAAAGAUGACAGAGGUGAAGAUUUUCAGAAACGAUAUAUCCUUAAAAGAGAUAACUCUAGCUUUGACAAAGACGAUAACCAGAUGAGAAUACGAUUGAAAGAUGACAGAAGAAGCAAAUCCAUAGAAGAAAGGGAGGAAGAGUACCAGAGAGCUAGAGACAGAAUAUUUUCCCAAGAUUCCCUGUGUUCUCAAGAGAAUUAUAUUAUUGACAAAAGAAUCCAAGAUGAGGAUGCUAGUAGUACCCAGCAGAGGCGCCAGAUAUUUAGAGUUAACAAAGAUGCUUCAGGAAGAUCAACAAAUAGUCAUCAAAGCAGCACUGAGAAUGAGCUGAAAUACUCUGAACCUCGACCAUGGAGCAGCACAGAUUCAGAUAGCUCCCUGAGAAAUUUGAAGCCUGCUGUAACCAAAGCCAGCAGUUUUAGUGGAAUCUCAGUCCUGACAAGAGGUGAUAGUUCUGGAAGCAGCAAAAGCAUAGGCAGGCUUUCUAAAACAGGUUCCGAGUCUUCUGGCAGUGUAGGGUCGUCUACGGGCUCGCUCUCUCACAUCCAGCAGCCUCUCCCGGGCGCAGCUCUCAGCCAGUCCGCUCAUGGCGCACCUGUCGUCUUUCCAGCCGUCAGCACCCAGAGUUCUCUCUCCUUCGAUGGUGGCCUGAAUGGGCAAGUCACAUCUCCUAGCGCUAGCUUCUUCUUGCUUCCUUUGGAAGCGGCAGGCAUACCACCUGGCAGUAUUCUGAUCAACCCACAAACAGGUCAGCCCUUCAUAAACCCAGAUGGGAGUCCAGUCGUGUAUAAUCCUCCUAUGACUCAACAGCCCGUUAGAACCCAAGUGCCUGGACCUCCACAGCCACCUCUGCAACUCCCACCACCUCAGCAACCAGCAGCUAAUCACAUUUUCUCACAGCAGGAUAAUCUUGGUUCUCAGUUCAGCCACAUGAGUCUUGCCCGCCAGCCAUCUGAUGGUUCUGACCCGCACGCCACCAUGUUCCAGUCUACUGUUGUUCUUCAGUCUCCGCAGCAGUCUGGUUAUAUCGUGACCGCAGCGCCUCCACCACACCCUCCUCCUCCACCACCUCUGCCACCUCCUCCUCCUCCUCCUCCCCUCCCGCCUGGGCAGCCAGUCCCUACUGCCGCCUAUUCUGCCACUGGUCAUCCUGUCAGCCAGCCUGUGCUCCAGCAGCAGGGAUACAUUCAGCAGCCCUCACCACAGAUGCCAGCCUGUUACUGUGCUCCAGGCCACUAUCACUCCAGUCAACCUCAGUUCCGCCCUAUCCCUUCUGUCCAUUACAGUUCACAUCUAAACCAACCACUGCCACAGCCUACGCAGCAAACAGGUUAUCAAGUUAUGGCCAACCAGCAGCAAAACUACCAAGGAAUAGUUGGAGUUCAGCAGCCCCAGAGUCAGAGCCUAGUCGGAGGCCAACCCAACAGCAUUGGAAAUCAGAUUCAAGGAGUGGUCAUCCCCUAUCCUACAGUGCCAUCAUAUCAGGUUUCACUGCCUCAAGGUUCUCAAGGAGUAGCCCAUCAGACUUACCAACAGCCUGUUGUGUUCUCUAGUCAGUCUAACCAAGGAUCUGUGCCCACAGCAGGAAUGCCAGUGUACUACAGUGUCAUUUCACCUGGCCAACAGAACAAUUUAAGCUCCGCGGUGGGUUACCUGCAGCACCCAGGAUCGGAAGUGCAGUUCCCCCGAGCUCCUUCACCGUGCGGUUCUCAGCAGCUUCAAGGCCACCAGUGUGCGGCUGUGCCGCCAGCGCCACCUGGUGGAGGAAUGGUGAUGAUGCAGCUCAGUGUACCAAACAAUCCACAGUCUGGUGCCCACUCACCCCCUCAGUGGAAACAAAAUAAAUACUACUGUGACCACCAGAGAGGGCAGAAGUGUGUCGAAUUUAGCAAUGUAGACAAUAUUGUCCAGCACAGCCCUCAACUCAGCAGUCCCAUUGUUUCACCAGCUCAGUCACCGACACCAGCUCAGCUCUCCACCCUGAAAACCAUCCGUCCCUCUGGACCACCACUUUCCAUCAUGCCCCAGUUUUCUAGAACUUUCGUCACCGGGCAGGGAGAUGCCAGGUACCCAUUACUUGGCCAGCCACUGCAGUACAGCCCUCCUGCUGUUAUGCACGGACACAUUCCAAGCCAACAGGGUCAGUCUGGCAGCAGACACGGAAACCGAGGAAGGAGGCAAGCUAAGAAAGCCGCAUCCACGGACCUUGGAGCAGGAGAAGCAGUCGCUGGGAAAGUCUUGGAAAUUACUGAACUACCAGAUGGAAUAACGCGCGUGGAAGCCGAGAAACUUUUUGGGGAACUCUUCAAAAUUGGCGCCAAGAUCCGAUGGCUCCGGGACCCCCAGUCGCAGCCCCAGCUGCGUCGCCACGCCCUCUGCUGUGGCGGCGGGGACAGCACUGUCAACCCUGAGCGCUCUAAACCCAGUGACUUGGCCUCCACGUACACUGUCCUAGCCACAUUCCCCUCCAUUUCAGCUGCACAAAAUGCACUGAAGAAACAAAUUAACUCGGUUAACAAGUUUAAGCUGAGAACAAGCAAGAAGCACUAUGACUUUCACAUUCUGGAAAGGGCAAGUUCUCAGUAACACAGCCACCUUGGGACCCUGUACCUCUGUGAUCGUCCUGCCCUCUCCCUUCUCUGAUUGGCUUGGCGUUUGGAGCUCCUGUUAACAUUUAGAGACUCCUAGGAUGUGUGGUCAUGGCGUUAGAGCUGUUGGAAAAAGGCCAGUGAUCCAGCAAAGGGGAAAAAGAGAUACACGUUUUACCCUACUGAUUAUAGGAAUCCACCAGAAUGAUACAGAAUCAGCAGCUUUUUCUGAGGAAAUGCUGCUCAAAUGCCUCCUAACUUUUAUAGUUAUUUUGUUUUAUAGUUCUGAAUUCUUGUAUCAGAUCCAAAGCUCUAUUGUACAGCAAAUUAUUCUUCAAAAUUACUAUAACCAGUUUCAACCUGUAUUUCUUUUUGCAGCCGGCACAGUGUGAGCCAACUUAGGGUUUGAGGGGGAGAGUGCAGGCGUGGGGUAACCGAGUCAGAAACCGCGUACCAUUCUUCUGGAGCGCUGAGGGCACUAAAAGCCCACAAGUAGAAGAUGACUUCCCCUGAAUCUCUAAACAUAGAAGCGUUUUCCAGAAAAUACAGAACUCCCCCAUAGGGUCCUUUCCUUACUCAUUUAGGUAGUAUGAACGUUACGUGUGAAGUAAAUUAUGUUCUUAAUGCUCUUAAUGAACCACUUAAAUUCAGAGGGGAAUAGGAAUCAUCCAAGCCAGGAAAACACGCUCACUGUUUCUAAGCGUCCCGCCAAUAACUCAUUGCCACUUAUUUGAAUUCCCCUCCUUGUGGAUUUCUUGUCACCUAACGAAAUACAUUUGACGAGUGCUGGAGACUUCUUAAGUGGUUUAGAAUUGUUUCCAUUGUUUGCAGAUUACUGGACAUCCAAGAUUCAUUGCACUUACGAACAAAGAACCUUCUUUUCAAUUUCUGUGUAAUUUGCAAGGCUGUACAAUGUGUACUGAUGCAAGCCUUUUUCAGUUCAAGAGAAUAAAUGUUUACAAAUUUAGGCCUA